UGCUGUCGGCGCAUGUUGGACGUGCGGCUUGUCGUAUCUACGUACCAGCUCCGCCUUGUCUCUAUACGCUAUAUUAUUAUAUACCGUUGUAUUUAUUUUGAAAAUGCACUCCUUUACUUAUCUUUCGUCACCGCCAUCCGUCAUUAGUCAUUUAUGUCGAUAUUUCAAUUUCACUACUAUACUUCAUAAUGUUUAAAUCGCUAUGGGAACGAAUCUUUGCCUACUUAGUACGUUUGUCUUAGGUAAACCUACAUUGGUUCACGCUUGUACUCAAAUAUUUUAAUAUAGGUAGGUAUAUAAUAUUUUUUAUUAUUAUGACUGGUUAUUUUCCAUGUCUUAAGUCAAAAUGAAACGAAAUCUUAAAAGCAUACUGAAGUAUUUACUUUUUAUUGUGAUCACUGCACUCGUGACAACUGUAAUUUUUAAAUUGUCUACACAAUUUAAUCGAUAUGAAAAUAAUAAAUCUAUGCAUGGGAAGACAAACAUUGCUGACAAACAGUUAUAUACAAAUACAAAUCAUAAUAAUAAGAUUGAUUGGCAUGAUUGGGAAUUUACUAAUAGAGAGAAACAACGAAUUGGUAUUGGUGAACAAGGAGUUGGUGCUACAUUGUCAUCACUUAAUCGGCAUAAAUAUGAUGAGCUGUAUAAAGUAAAUGGAUUUAAUGCCCUGUUAAGUGACAGCAUAUCUGUUAAUCGAUCAAUACCAGAUAUACGACACAAAUUGUGUCGUUUUAAAAAAUAUAGUAGUAAAUUACCUACAGUUAGUGUAGUUGUUCCUUUUCAUAAUGAACAUUUCUCAACACUUCUUAGAACUGUGUAUAGUGUCUUAAACCGCUCUCCUAAAAGUUUACUUAAGGAAAUAAUUUUGGUGGAUGAUUCAAGUACUAAAGCUAGUUUAAAAAGACCAUUAGAUAAUUUUGUAUCAAACAAUUUAGCUGAUACCGUUAAAAUCAUUCAUUUGAAAAAAAGACAAGGUUUAAUUAGAGCUCGUUUAGCUGGAGCUAGAAAAGCUACUAGUGAAAUUUUAAUAUUUUUAGAUUCACAUACGGAAGCAAAUGUUAAUUGGUUACCUCCCCUUUUAGAACCUAUUACUGAAGAUUAUCGAACAUGUGUAUGUCCAUUUAUUGAUGUCAUUGCUUUUGAAACCUUUGAAUAUCGAGCACAAGAUGAAGGUGCUAGGGGUGCUUUUGAUUGGGAAUUUUUUUAUAAAAGAUUGCCACUGUUGCCUGAAGAUUUAUUGUAUCCUACCAAACCAUUUCGGAGCCCUGUGAUGGCAGGUGGUUUAUUUGCUAUAUCAGCUAAAUGGUUUUGGGAACUUGGAGGUUAUGAUUCUGGUCUUGAUAUAUGGGGUGGAGAACAAUACGAAUUAUCAUUUAAAAUAUGGCAAUGUGGUGGUACUAUUUUAGAUGCACCUUGUUCAAGGGUAGGCCAUAUUUAUAGAAAGUUUGCACCGUUUCCUAAUCCUGGCAUUGGUGAUUUUGUUGGAAAGAAUUAUCGUCGUGUAGCAGAAGUAUGGAUGGAUGAGUAUGCUGAAUAUUUGUAUCUACGUAGACCACAUUACAGAAAUAUUGAUACUGGAGAUAUAUCUAAGCAGAAAAAAAUAAGAGAAAAUCUUAAAUGUAAACCAUUUGAAUGGUUCAUGCAUGAAGUAGCAUUUGAUUUAGUCGAAAAAUAUCCACCUAUUGAACCACCAGAUGUGUUUAAAGGAAAGAUAAGAACUUUUAAUGCUCCAGAAUUAUGUUUAGAUGCUACAUCAGAAAACCUGCUCAAUUUAAAAGAAUGUACUGAUAAUGAUGAUGAGAAUCAAAAAUUUAUAUUGAGUUGGCGGAAUGAUAUUAAAACAAGGAGUAAUAUGUGUUUGGAUAUAAGUGACUCAUCAUUUAAAGCAAAAAUUAGCUUAUAUGGAUGCCAUAACGGUGGAGGAAACCAAUUGUGGCAUUAUGAUCAUGGUAAAAUGAAAAUUGUCCAAGGAAAAAAUCCCAGAUGUAUGGAACAUGAUAUCAGUACCAGAAAAGUAUAUGUAACUCAAUGCAAAAAAAACAUUGAUGAUCAAAAAUGGAUAAUAGAAAAUUUUAACCCUAAAUCAACUAACUGGUCAUUAACACAAUAAAGAACAAUAAAUAUUUUUUUAAGAUUUAAGUAACAAGUUAUUUGAACAAAUUAUUUAAAUAUUAAUACCUACUUAUUUAAUUUAUACCAUAAAAAAUGUAUUAUUUUUCUAGUUUUAUAUAAUGUAAGGUAAUAGAAUGUAAUAUCAUGAUGCUCAUAUUUUACUAAUUUAAUAU